UUGUGGACCCUUGUGACCAGUCGUCCACCCACCCUCCUGCAGCCCCCGUGGCUCCAGCCCCGUCUGACCUGCCGUCGGCCCCUCCUCUGAGACGAAGGAAAGAACGCCCCCAGGUCCUGAACCUAAGCGAGGCAGACAUGGCGGGCGUCUUGAGGCCCAAACCGGGACGUCUGGACAGCCCCAGCAACCGCUACGCCGGGGACUGGAGCACCUGRGGCGAAAACUACUUCCCCUCUGAAAGUCUGCUUCCUGCCAGCAAAGAGGAGGCAGACUACGACGACGUGCCCUCCGAGGACGCGGAGGCGGCAGAAGAGAUCCGCGACGAGGACGACGAGCAGGAGACGCUCACGAGCUCUGCGUCUGAUCCUCGACAUGACGAGGCUGUGCGGGACGAGGACGCAGUCGAAGAAAUGAAAGACGAGGAGAGUGACGRUUUAAACGGACACUCGGAGGAGGAGGAAGACGCAGAGAGGAGGUUUAAUCACAUCCUGCCGCCUCGGCUGCCUAAAGAGCACACUUACCAGGCCUACGUGAAGAUCCAGGACAUCAGCCCCGUGCUGAGCAACAGGGUGAACCUMAGAGACCUGCAGGAGAGCAUCGACACUCUGAUAGGAAACCUGGAGAGGGAGCUCAACAAGAACAAGCUCAACGUUGGAUACUGACUCCCACGUGGCCACACAGUGAGAUUCAGAACAGAUCAAGGUGCUUUUUGAAACAUCCGGGUGUUUUUUUAUUGGAGAUCACGAGGCAUGCGGUGCUGCUGUGUAAAGUUGCAAAGUGAGACUAAAAAAAAAAACAGGGCACUUCUGGUGUUUGUCGCUUACCCAGAGACAUUCCAUCAUAUUUCUGUUCCAACUCUUGGUUUGUCAGAUCUUACGUUCUGUUUUUUUUACUGGUUUGUGUUUGGUCCGGUUCUGUGUUCCGUGUUGUCGCUUUUCUUCUUAUUAGAAGAACCCAUUAACCCCUCAAGGGUUUACAAGGUGCCUUAAUUGUGUGAAGGUUGUACGACAUAAAGAAAUUCCACCCUAAAAUAAAAUGUCACCUCUGAGCUCGGUACAGACAWCAAGGUACCAAUUGUGAUGUCAUCUUUUUAAACUGAAGCUAUGUUGGUUUUAUUUUUAGCCAAUAAAAUUGUGUUCUCCAUAAAUUUAGAUACAACAAAAACCUGUGAAAUGUAUUAAGGCAUUUACAGUUUUUUUUCCUUGCUCUUUUUUUUAAAGUCUAAGCACGUGGUCGGUCCACACCCGAUAUAAACAAAGCACCAAAAACCACAUGGAAGCUUAAAUCGCAUGUUUGACCUAUACAGCAGUAUUCUGUGAAGGUAAACAAACUUUAUAAUGUUUUUCUGACGGGUCUUGAGGAUUUGCAAUAAGUAGGCACAGUUAGCAUAAAACGACGGGGCGCCAAGUGUAAAAAUGUU